AUGGAUCGGCGCUCGCGGGCCCAGCAGUGGCGCCGGGUCCGAGCCGGCUACAACGACCUGUGCCCGCCCAUCGGCCGGCGGGCCGCCACGGCGCUGCUCUGGCUGUCCUGCUUCAUCGCGCUGCUGCGCGCCCUCGCCACGUCCAGCGCCCGGGCGCAGCAGCGCGCGCAGCAGCGCCGCAGCCUCCUCCAGCAGCAGCAGCAGCCCGGGCCCGAGCCCGACGCGGGGCCCGAGCCCGAGCCCGAGGGCGCCGAGGGCGGCGAGGGCGCCGCGGCCGGCCCGUCCGCGCCGCCCGCGCCCGACUGCUUCGACUACGACGACUUCGAGUUCGACGACUACGCGUCCGACAGCGACCCCGACUCCGACUCCGACUCCGAGCUCGACCUGGACAGCGACAGCGACCCCGGCGGCCGCGGCACCGAGACCGAGACGGCGCCCACCACCGAGCCCGAGACGGAGCCCGAGGACGAGCUGCGCGCCCCGCCGGUGCCCCCGCGCGCGCCCUUCCUCGGCCCCACGCUCGCCGAGCGCCUGCAGUCGCUGCGCCUGGACGGCGGCGGCCCCGACACCGACACCGACCUCGACCUCGACCUCGACGACACCCCGCCCCGGCCCCCGCCCCGGCCCCCGCGCCGCCCGCCCCUGCCCCCGCGCCCCUCCGAGGGGGCGGAGCCCCGGCCCGCGCGGCGGCGCGACCCGUGGGACCCCGAGGAGGAGGACGACGAGGAGGAGGAGGAGCGCGAGCAGCAGAGGCAGAGGCAGCAGAGGCAGGAGCCGCCGCCCCAGCCCCGCCGCUGCCGCCCGGCCGCCAAGUUCGGCCGCCGCCGCCGGGACCCGUCCCCCGACUCGCCCACCGGCAAGGGGCCCAUCCCCAUCCGCCGCCACUGAUGGACGGCGACGGCUUCCAGGUGCUCCUGGUCUUCUUCGGGCCAGAGAGAAAACCCCCAAACCCAUCCCUGGCUGGCUCGGGCGGGCCGGGCGCACGCACGGCCACGGCCACAGCCGCGGGCGCGCCAACUUUCCCAGGCGAUGGGCCGCCGCCGCGCCGUAGCGACAACUGUUGCCACCUGCGAGAUGUCGCCAGCGCCCCGGGAUCGGGCGCCAAGUCCAGAGCCCGCCGGCCGCACUGAGCCAGGCGCGCCCCGUUGCGCCGUGCGCCCCGUUGCGCCCCGUCCCGUCCAGUCCCAGCUCUGCCCCGUCCUGUCUCGUCUCGUCUCGUCUCGUGCUGUCCCCGCACUUCCCCGCACCGCACCGUCCGGCCCGUCCACCCACCCACCCCACCGCCAAACUGAAGCCGCGGGGAGGAGGAGGUGCCUCGCUCGCUCCCGCUCGGGUCCAGGGUGUGCGCACCUGCCCGGCCCGUGCGCACCGCGUUGCGCACCGCAGCCGCCGGAGUCCGCGUCGGGGAAGGAGGUACCGGGAGCUUGGUGGGUCUCACGCACUCACUCACUCAUUCACGUCGGGCCAAGUUUGGGGGCGCAGAGAGCCCUUUGGGCUGCGCUUGGGUGGAACUUUGCGCUGGAAGCGAGCCUGGAGGGCAAGAGAGGGCACUUGGGUGAGAGAAAGAAAGAGAGAGAGAGAGGCCCGGAGCUGGAGCGAGCCGGAGCCCGAACAGGACUAAGACGGAUGGAUGGAUGGAUAGAAGGCUUGGGAAGGGGAGAGGCGCGUUUCUCGCCCGGACACCCCGCAAGCAAUGUGUGUCCCCCACCGCAACCCAAGAGCGUGACACCCGUGGGGGCCGAGGAAGGGCCAGGGGAUGAUGGAUUCGAUGCGAGGCCCCCGGGGUCGAGGGGCAGGGGCCCGUGUGGCCUGCGCGCGACCGGGAGGAGCUAAGUGUGGAAGUCAGAUCUGUCGUCUGGAGGCGGAAUCGCCCGCGUCCCCGCACGUCCCCCACGUCCCCGCACGAACACAACCCGCACAAGGGCCGGGCCAAGUGCAAAACGCUGCGCUCUCGUCGCUGCCGACCCCAACUCUAACCCCAGCCCCCGGGCAAAUGCCCACCUGUAACAAUCGCGCUUAUUAAACCUCACCCUAUUAACCUUC